UUACUAACCGGAUAUCUUUAAAUGCACGCUCUAUUGCCUUUUCCCUGAGACUCUUAACUGGAUGACGAAGAUGGAGACUGCAACCAAAUUUUAUGCAGGGGUCGUUCCAGUGAUUUUGGCUCUGGCAUGGACCUUCUGGGGCCCUCAAGACUUCGGGAAUUACCUUCCCUCGAUGUUUUCGACUUUGCCUUGGGGAAAAGAUCCGCACGAUGCGAGCAAGUGGAAGGGCCAUAUGGAACCUUUCGGGAACCAGGUGGAGAAAACUAUCGAAAUUCCUUCGCUGGAUUAUUUCCCCGACCCUGAGGAAUUUUACCGAGGCUACGUGCGCCAGUCGGUCCCCCUAGUGGUCAAGGGGGCCUUGAGGCACUGGCCGGCGGUCCAGAAGUGGUCAGAUGAGGGAUACCUGAGGGAGAAAUUUGGGCAUCGAUAUUUUCUUUCAAUGUGGAGGAACAUCACCGAUCAGUACCAUCCUGCCCACAUGAUGAUGUCUAUGGCGGAUUUUCUAGAUCAAUAUAAGGAACAUAAAAUCUACAUGGAUUCCACCAUUUGCGAGGAGAUGGCUGAGGACGUUACCUUCCCUGGCUAUAUAGCUUGUGAUGGGUUCAUGAAAAUCCUGAAGCAGGUGGCCAUAUUCUUCAACUCUGGUUGGUCCAGCACGGAUAUCCACUAUGACGUCACAGAUACCAUAUUUGCGCAGGUGACAGGCGGACGACAGUGGAUCCUGACCACACCACGUGACGGGAAAUACCUCUACUCAGACGACUUUAAAUUCCAUUCCGGUUCCUCACCAGUCAACCAGGAAUCAGUGGACUUGACAAAAUACCCAGACGUCGCCAAGGUCGCCAUCUAUAACGCCACCCUGGAACCCGGAGAUAUCAUCUAUGUCCCCGAGGGGUGGUGGCACCAAGUGAGGACCCAUGGCGGACCCCCUAAUAUCGCCCUCGCCAUCUUUGUUGACUUCCUUCUUUGUAUGUUCAACGUGGAGCAGACCGAUCAAGUAAUUGAUUAUAUUGAAGGGUGUAUCAAGCUUCGAGAACAGAAACCGAAAGGUAUGAAGUGUAACAUCUCUAUGGCCAAUAUGCCAAUGAGUGAAGUAUUUGCCAAGUACAGCUAUCUCAAACCCGAAGCCAUGGAAAUCUCGCGAGAGAGUGCCGAUAUUGACGAGAUGGACGAGAGGCGACUGAAGAGCGGAUACCCCAUGCCGGUAUUGGGGCUUGGUCUGGGAGGCAUGACGCCAGAAGAGACAGAGAGGGGUGUCCGCCACGCUCUUAAAGUAGGUUACAGGUUGUUUGACACCGAUCCGGAAGACGAAAGCGAGGCAACUUUAGGUGCAUUUUUGGCUGAAAACGAAUACUGUGAACGUGAGGACAUAUUCGUUAUCGUUAAAGUUCACCCAAAAAAUUUGGGCAGAGAGGCGACAAGAAAGUCGAUCGAGCGAUCUUUACAGAGGUUGCAGACGGACUAUCUUGAUUUGGUUCUGAUCCAAGCGCCAUCGUGCGACGAGAAGAAAUUUAAAUGCGAAGCAGACGACAACCGCGGCACGUGGCAGGAAUCAUUGGAAACUCUUGAAGAAAUGAACAAAACUGGAGUUAUUCGUUCAUUAGGGGUAAGCAACUUCAAAAAGUCGCAGAUGAAGGAACUUCUCAAAAAGGCAACUGUCCCCGUUUCUGUUCUCCAAGCCAGAUUCGAUCUAAUGACAAGAAACACAGCGCUGAGGACAUUUUGCGACAAAAACGGAAUUCAGUUCAUGGCGCACAGUUUGCUUGGCUUCGGAUGGGUGGCCGACGGGCUCUUUGAGGGAAACCCAAUCAUCGGCAGUUUUCCGGUGAUGCUGGCCGCGAGAAAAUACCGCACCAGCCCAGCGUCCGUUUUGAUCAGAUUCGCUCUGGAUCGGAACAUCACCGUCGUCCCCCGGUCGUCCAAUCCGCUGCAUAUUUCUCUGAACAAGCAUGCUGCGUAUUUAGAUAUUCCUGACAGCCCAGACAUAAUGAACAGUUUGGAAGACUUCCCUCACAGACAAUGA